AUGCAAGUGGAUUCUGUAGUUUACCUUGUUGAUGCAUACGACAAAGAGAGAUUUGCAGAGGCCAAAAAGGAGCUGGAUGCCCUCCUUUCAGACGAUUCACUUGCAAAUGUCCCGUUUCUCAUACUUGGGAACAAGAUUGACAUACCCUAUGUUGCCUCAGAGGAUGAGUUGAGAUAUUACUUGGGUUUGACUGGUGUUACUACCGGUAAGGGUAAUGUUGACCUCGCUGACUCAAAUGUCCGUCCUAUUGAGGUCUUCAUGUGCAGUAUCGUGCGCAAGAUGGGAUAUGGUGAUGGCUUUAAGUGGCUUUCCCAAUACAUUAAGUAG